CAUACCCAUAAUUUUCUUCCCAACUUUCUUCCAAUCCCGCGUUUCUCUCUCCUCCGUUGCCCCCUUUCUCUCUCCUUUGGUCAGGGCUAGUCAUUAAGUGCGUGGGAGCAGAUGUUUUCAAAAGUUCCACAUGCUAUGGCUUCCCUUCCUUGUUCUAGGGUCAGAGGUGGGGUUAGUUUAUGGCCUGGAGCAAGGCAACUUUGCCUGAGGAAAGGUCUUUUGUAUGGACUAAUGCGCUGCCUGUCUAUUCCGUUUAAGACAUUGCAUGGAGCUGGUCAGUCCCUUGGAGUCACACGGCUUCUGUGCAAUGUUUCUUGUAUAUCUACUGCACUGCAAAUUGAACUGGUUCCAUGUCUUAGGGACAACUAUGCUUAUCUCAUACAUGAUGAGAAUACUGGGACUGUUGGGGUUGUUGAUCCUUCUGAAGCUGUACCUGUUAUUGAUGCUCUGAGAAAGAAGAAUAGAAACCUGAAUUACAUACUGAAUACUCAUCAUCACUAUGAUCACACUGGUGGGAACAUUGAGCUGAAAGAAAGGUACGGUGCAAAGGUGAUCGGCUCAGGGAGAGACAAAGAGAGAAUUCCUGGGAUUGAUAUUGCCUUAAAUGACGGUGAUAGGUGGAUGUUUGCAGGCCAUGAAGUUCAUGUAAUUGAAACACCUGGCCAUACAAAAGGACACAUUAACUUCCAUUUUUCUGAAUCUGGAGCGAUUUUCACUGGAGACACCUUGUUCAGUUUAUCUUGUGGGAGGCUUUUUGAAGGAACGCCUGAAGAGAUGUUAGCUUCUUUAAAAAAGAUAAUGACAUUACCAGAUGAGACGAGCAUAUUUUGCGGGCAUGAAUAUACCUUGAGUAACGCGAAAUUCGCGUUGUCUAUAGAGCCAAAUAAUGAAGCCCUUCAAUCUUACGUUUCACGUGUGACGCAAUUGCGCAACAAAGGGUUGCCAACGAUACCCACAACUCUGAAAUUAGAGAAGUCCUGCAAUCCUUUCCUUCGGACUUCAAGUACUGAGAUCAGGCAAUCAUUAAACAUUCCAGCCACAGCAGGUGACUCCGAAGCUUUGCGUGUCAUCCGCCAAGCAAAGGAUAAUUUCUAGCUUAUCAUUUGUUCAUAGAUAAAACAGCGUUUAGAUGUCAAUUCCAUUUUGGGGAAUUUGUUGUUGUAACGUACGUGCUGAACAGAGUUUUUACAGUUCGUACUUCUGCUAUAUGAAAAUGGAAAUCCAUUGAUUUGAUUUGUAUUAGGCUAUACAAGGAUGGAAAUCCAUUGGGAAUGUUGGGAUUGUAAAUGUUGAUGCUGUUUUGUCUGUAACCAUUGGUUUUUCUGAAGAAACAGGCUUGAUCA